UGUGUGUGUGUGUAUGUAUAUGUAUAGAGAGAGAAAGAACGAGUAGAUCAUAACAAAACCUUUGAUAUAUGCACCCACACCCACUAAAACCUAUGGCCAAACCAACAAAAAACAUACAAAGCUCCUAAAGGUACCGAAGGGGUGUCUUCAAGCUCAGGUAGCAUCUGUUUUCUUAAACACCAUCACCACCAUAUAUACCGUUUCUCUGUAUUUUUCCGAUUUCGACCAAUUAAUCAUCAAGUUCACAAGAGAGUUUGGAAGAAUCUCUUUUAUUGUAUGCUUUGAUAAAGAGCAUGUCAAACCACUGGUGGACUGGGCAAGCCAACCUUGCAGGAGUGGAACCGUCAUCGGGUGGUUCCUUGGCGCUAAAGAAGCCAGAUCUGGGGAUAUCGAUGAACGAGAACAACACAGGAAGUGAAGAAGAUGAGAGAGACAACAACAGCGAUGAUCCAAGAGAAGGAGCGAUCGAGACAUCGAAUAGGCGGCCUAGAGGUCGUCCACCAGGCUCAAAAAACAAGCCAAAGCCACCGAUUUUUGUGACCAGGGACAGCCCCAACGCGCUUCGCAGCCACGUCAUGGAGGUGGAGAGUGGAACCGAUAUAGCUGAAAGCAUAGCACAGUUUAGUAGGAGACGGCAGAGAGGGGUUUGUGUUAUGAGUGCUAGCGGGACGGUCAUGAAUGUAACCCUAAGACAACCAACUGCACCAGGUUCAGUAAUGGCCUUACAAGGCCGAUUCGAGAUUCUAUCACUAACUGGAGCCUUUUUACCUGGUCCUGCCCCGCCUGGCUCAACUGGCCUGACCAUAUACCUAGCCGGAGGUCAAGGUCAGGUCGUUGGUGGGAGUGUGGUGGGGACGUUGGUGGCAUCAGGACCCGUGAUGGUAAUUGCUGCCACAUUUUCCAACGCUACUUACGAAAGACUCCCAGUUGAGGAAGAAGAGGAAGCAGAUAGUGUGGUUCAGGCAGGGAUGGGCAGUGGUGGUGGAUCAUCACCGCCACUUGGGAUGGGAAGCGGUGGAGGAGGAGGAGGGAUGGCUGGUGAUCCGAUGCCAGCGUAUAACUUGCAGCCCAAUAUGAUCCCCAAUGGUGGUGGACAGUUGAACCAUGAAGCAUUUGGCUGGGCUCAUGGCCGGCCUCCAUAUUAGAGGUACAAUUAAGAAGGAAUAAUCUCAUUAUCACUAUAAUUAAAUUUGAAUAAUUAAAGUCUGGUACUGUGAUGUUAAUGUAAUCUUGAUCGAGGUUGUAAUGCAAGAAGGAAAGAAUUAAGCUCAGCUCCUGAAUCUGUAUAUUAUUUGGUUGUAUUCUUAUGGCUCAAGCAUUGAUGGGAAGACUGAAAUAUCUGAAUUCAC